AUGACGGCAGCAUCUGAGGAGAUUGCGGCUCCCUUGGAUGAUGUGGAUGAAGAAACGGCAUAUGCGGUUGUUUCCGAGCGCAUGGAGGAUUUUACACGGAUGCAGGCGACGGCGCUAACUUUUGCCAAACAACGCAUGAAGGAGUACAAGCAAGCGAUGAAGAUCCGGUAUGAUGCGAAGGCCAAAGCGAGGCAAUUUAUGGUGGGCGAUAAGGUAAUGGUUCAUAACGAAGCAUUAUCGCCUAUGAGCACUGACUUAGCACCACACUGGAUCGGACCCUACGCUGUGGACAAGAGAUUGGGCUACGACACAUACAAAUUGCGCGACGAAGCAUUAUCUCUUCCUGGGGUAUUCCAUGCAAACCGGCUCAAGUUUUAUUAUACUCGUCCUCGAUUGGAACGAACAUCCAUCCGCCACGAACAUGAACUGUGGUAUCAGUCCUAA